GUAAAAAUGAACCACCUAAUACAUAGUAAAAUAGGUUACAAAAACAGUUUUGAAAAAGGGCGUACAUACACUCCAUAUAAUUUGACAAUGUACAACCUUUACGUACAUUUUGAUUGCUACCAUACAACUAUAAUUUAAAACCGACGUUCAUGAUUGUUAAAUAAGUUUUUACUGUUAAGUUACCGUGAACCGUAUAGAUUAACGUAAAUUUUUUACGAUUUGGAAAUUAAUUUUGAGGUAUAACGUAAGUUUAUUGAGGUAUUACAGAUAAUGUAUAUUACGUUGUCAUAUGAUUCUUCGAACAAUAAUAUCAAGUAUCAACUAUUUUGACGUAUAAAUAAUGCUAUCAGUAAAAAUAUUUAUAUCACUGAAAUGAAUAGUCGUACGUUUAUCUUAUUAUUUUUAUUUAAUGUGAAAUCAAAUAGAGAUCAUUUUUAGAUAUGUAGUCUGGAAUUUCUCAACUUAUUUGCCGUUAAGUGACUUUUGAAACUUAUCUUAGGGUUAUUGAUUUAAAAUAAUUUUAUUUAGAAUAAUUUUGAAAAAUUAUUAUUAGUAUUCAAUUUGUUUAUUUUAAUAUUUUGAACAAUGGAAAAAGAUGAAAAAUUUUUUUACGAAGAUGAAGUAGCUAUGGUUUCUCCGAAAACUGGACUUGUAAAAUAUGGAUUAGUGUUAACUACCAAUAGAUCUCGAACUGAAAUGGAAUUAAAAAAAAUGUCUUUUAAAAGCCCUAAUGAUAUAAAAGUAAUUUGGCAUCCAAAUGGAAAUGAAGAAGUUCUUUCAGAAGAUAAAGUUAUAUUAAUUGACCGGUCAUUGAUGCCUGGUGAUGUUGUAUGCAAAGUAAAUGAAGAUAAACUUACCCAAUUUGGGUAUUGUGAAAAUAUUGAUAUAUAUGCUACUGUUAAAGUAUUGAAUACAAAUAAAGUCAUUGAAAAUGUCAGUUGUCGUAAUUUUACUCAAACAAAACCAUUUUCAAUUGAUUCAUCAGUUUUUUAUGAAUCAUGGGUUGGUGGAGUUUAUGAUGUUAAAUGUUUAGUAACUUUUGCCUCUCAAGAUGGUUCUAUUUUCACAUUAAAGGAUCCUUAUAGACAAGACUUUAUAAGUUUAUCCACAAGUGAUAGUUUUUCACUGGACGAUAAUGUAUUUUACCAUGGUCAAAAGUUAAAAAUGUGUCUAGACUCUUUAGAAAAUGCAAAAUUUUUAAAAAUUAGUAAUAUGAUGAACUAUUUAUGGCAUAAUUAUAAAAAAAAAAACAAAUAUGGUACUAAGUGGAUUAAAGUAUACGUUCAAGAUAUAACUGUUUCUUCAGUUGAAGUAGAGUGGUAUUGUCAGACAUAUGGUAGAACUAAACCUCGUGAAGAUCAAUGGCCUGAAAGAAUAAUUUCUGGAGAUAAUUUAAAAAAAUUAAAAACAAUAGAUUUGUUUGAUUCCUGUUCAAUUCAAGUGGGAGAUACACAUUGGUAUCAAAUUAAAGAUUCAGAUUCUAUUUUAACAAUGAAACAAUGGCGUGCCAAAUGCACCAAAGGAUUCAGUUCAGAAUCUGGAUUACCUAUUAACAAAUUAAAAAAAAACAAUGAUACAAAUAAAUUACAUUUUAAGAAAAUGAAAGAUUAUGUAGAUGAAAUAGAUAACACAUAUAAUCAAAAUAUUGUUAACAAAACAGGUCAAAUAAUGCAAAGAUCUGAAAAAUUAAAUAACAGGGAAAAUAAACAGUACUUUGGUCAAGUUAAAAACUGUGAUGCUAAGUCAUCUUUUAAUAAUUUAAGCAAUAAUUCUGUGCACACAUUAAAAUCAAAUAGAUUGAAAAGAAAUAGAAUGUGGAAAUCAUUAGUUAAAAAAAGUAAACAGUUUAAGGUGCCAAAAGUUUCUACAAAGCCAAAUUCUAAAGUUGUUGUUGAAGUUUGUUAUACAAGAUCAGUUGUUGAUGUAGUGUGGCAAGAUGGUACAAAAGAAACUGGAGUUUCCUCUAUUGACUUGUAUCCUAUACAGACCCUUGAUGAUCUUGAAUUUUUUCCUGGUGACUUUGUCAUAGAAAAAAAUAAUUUAUCAAAUGCAUAUGGUGUUAUUGAAUCAGUUGAGCACUCUGAACGUACAGCUUGUGUACAGUGGUUUAAGGUUAAUCCAGAAAAUCCUUCAUUACCAAGCCCUAUUGAAAAGACUGAUUAUAGUGUUUAUGACUUACGUGAUCAUCCAGACUUUCAUUUUAAAUCUGGGUGUCUUAUCAUACAUAUUAGUCCAGAUAGUUAUCCAAAUAAAAAUAAUUUGACUGCUGGGCAAGUAUUAAGUGCAGGAUCUGAUGGCAAAGUACUAGUCAUGUGGGUUAAUGGAGAAAAAACUAAAUGUUGGCCGCAAGAAUUAUUUGUAGUUAAACUUCAUGAUGAUGAUGCAUUCAGCUUUCUUGAUGAUGAGUUUGAUGAUGAUGAUGAUGAAGAAAUUGAAGAUGCACCUCUUGCUGGAGAUGAUAACUUAUCUGAAGAUUGGGUAUCAUUGAAAAGUCCUGAUUCGUUUGAAAGUCGUGAUAGAGAAAAUAAUGAAAAAUUUCCUAAGUUGUUAUUUCAAUCUUUGAAAAAAGCCUCCAUAGGUAUGAAAUCAUUUUUAGAUGCAUUAGUUCAUAAUCAAAGUGCAGAUAAAAUUACUGAAUUACAUAAAGCUUGGGAAGAAAUCAAAAUUGGAUUUAAUGUAAGUUCAUUCCUACCAGCAUCAGAAAGUGAAGAAAUAGAAUUAUGUUACAAAGAUUUUAUGGAAAAUUUUACAAUAAUAAUUGAUAAAAUGAUUAUGAAAAUAGAAAACAAAACAGAAAUUACAUCAGAAGAACAUACAUUAAUAAGUGAUAGUGUGGAUAAAUUAAAAAAAACUGUGUCUGAUUUUAUGGACAAAGUUAAUCAAGCUUUUAAAUUAUCAUAUGGUUCUAAUAAUUUAAAUAGUUAUUCUCCUUCAAAUGUAUUUGAUGAAAAUAUUGAAAAAAAAGAAUAUAAAAAUAGUGCUAUUAAUAUUGGUGAGUGUAAUCCUGAUGAUAAGUUCGAACACAAAGACUAUAAUAAAGAUCCUGAAUAUGUAGAAACAUUAUGUGAAAUAGGUGCUAUAAUUAAACCUGAAGAAGCUGGAGUUUUUACUAUGUUGGAUACAGUUUUAGAAGAAACGCAUAAGUAUUUCAAUGAUAAUAAUGACCUAAAUUCUUCUAUGUUAAAAAUUAUUUCAAAAGAUAUACAAAUUCUUAAAAAAAGUUUACCUGCUGGAAUUUGGGUGAAAACUUUUGAAAAUCGAAUGGAUUUAUAUUCUAUUAUGAUCAGUGGACCUGAAAAAACACCAUAUCAUGGAGGAUUGUUUAUGUUUGAUAUUAAGUUACCUGCUACAUACCCACAUCAACCUCCUCUCUGCCAUUAUUAUAGUUACUGUGAUGACAGAUUAAAUCCAAAUUUGUAUGAAGAUGGUAAAGUAUGUUUAAGUCUUUUAGGAACUUGGUCUGGUCAAGGAGUAGAACUUUGGUCACCUAAAGAUUCAAAUUUAUUACAAUUACUUGUUUCAAUUCAAGGAUUAAUAUUAGUUAAUGAGCCAUACUACAAUGAAGCAGGUUUUGAUCUGCAACGAGGUCAGAAAUUAGCGAAGGAAAAUUCUCGAGUAUACAAUGAAAUGGCUUUAAUUAAAGUAGUUCAAUCUAUGACAAAUAUGCUAAAACCUAAAUUAUUAAAAAUAAAAAAUAACACUGAAUAUUUUGAAGAAGAAAUUUUAGAACACAUAAAAAUUCAUGGACCAAAAUUAAUUCAUUCUAUUCAAACAUGGAUUAGCAUGUCUGAACAAGAAUUAAGUGAAGAUGAAAAAAAUCUUCCUGGAUUUCCAUUAUUGCCACUUUCAAAAGGUUUUUGCUUAUCUGUAAGUAAAGCAAUAGAAGCUUAUAAAGAUGUAUUGAUAUCUUUAAACAUUAUCUCAUAAUAUUUUUAAAAACAUCUUAAUAAUUACUAUAUAAAUUAUUCAUACAUUUUCCGGACAGUUAAUAUUUUUCAUUUAAAAUACUUGCUAUAUUUACAUUUUUAUUUUUAAUAAAAUGUUGUUAUUCAUAUUAUAACUCUUUAAUAAUUUGUUAAUAAAAUUAAUAUACAACAAAUAAUAUUAAAUUCAUUUUUUUAUAGAUCAAUAAGUGUUUGUAAAUUCUAUACAUUAUACUAAGUAAUUAUUUUUAAUUGUAUCAAUUUUUUAUGUUAUUACUUUUUCUAUACUAUUUUUGUAUUCUUUAUAUAUUUUAUUAAGUUUUGUAUAUUUUUUUGUAAAAUAUUGUUAUUUGCGCUAUAUUAAUGUUUUGAAAAUUGCAUCAAAUGCCUUUCUUAAUUGUAAGUUCAACUAAGUAUUGAACUGAAAAAUAUGUGAUAUAAAAUAUUCUCUAUGUAUAGUAAAAUAUUUACAGUUAAUUUAUAUAUUUAUGUAUAUAUA